UUGUAGGUCUACUUAUGCUGAUUGAUAUUCCCCAGGAAAGGGGACUAAGUCACUUGGACUACAGAUUCCUAGAUGGCUUAGAGGUAUGCCGGUUUCCUUUGUUUAACUUUCUACAGCCUCUGCCUCUUGAUUGGAUGUACUUACUCUACGUUGUCAUGCUUCUAGGUGCACUUGGGAUAAUGUUGGGUUUCUGUUACCGCUUCAGCUGCCUUUUGUUUACUUGUCCAUACUGGUACGUUUUCUUCCUUGACAAAACAUCCUGGAACAACCAUUCAUACUUGUAUGGCCUUAUAGGCUUCCAGUUCACCCUUGUGGAUGCCAACAGAUACUGGUCCAUUGAUGGCUUGCUGAACUCUAAAAAAAGGAAUGUUCAUGUGCCUCUGUGGAACUACACUGUGUUGAGAAUGCAGAUAUUCAUUGUGUACUUCAUAGCCGGACUCAAGAAGCUGGAUGCUGAUUGGGUGGAGGGGUACUCCAUGGGUAAUCUUGCACAUCACUGGCUUUUUGAUCCCUUUAAGCUUAUUCUGUCAGAAGAGAUGACCAACCUUCUGGUAAUUCAUGGCUGUGGACUGAUUCUUGACUUAACUGCAGGAUAUCUUCUUUUCUUUGAUGCAACACGCCCUGUUGCACUUGUCUUUGUCUCCUAUUUCCACUGUAUGAACUCGCAGCUGUUCAGCAUCGGUAUGUUUUCGUACACCAUGCUGUCGACAAGCCUGCUGUUUUGCUAUCCAGAUUGGCCGCGAAGAGUAUUGGUUAAAUUCCCAGCAUUUCUUCGAGGUUUACUACCAACCACAGAGCCACCGCUGCACAGUGAGACUUGUGUAUAUGACAGCUGCACUGAUCCUGAACCACAGAAAAAAAAAGAAACACAUGGAAAACCAUUACAGCUCCGACAGAAAUUGGGGGCCAUUUUCACUGUUCUGUAUAUUCUGGAACAGUUUUUCUUACCCUAUUCCCAUUUCAUAACACAGGGUUACAAUACUUGGACAAAUGGAUUGUAUGGCUAUUCUUGGGACAUGAUGGUUCACUCGCGCUCUCACCAGCACAUCAAAAUAACCUACAAAGACAGACUCACUGGACAGAUAGGAUAUCUUAACCCUGGGGUCUUCACACAAAGUCGUCGUUGGAAGGAUCACGCAGAUAUGCUGAAGCAGUAUGCCACCUGCUUAAAUAAAAUGUUGCUGAACUACAACAUUUCUGAUGCAGAGAUAUAUUUUGACAUCUGGGCAUCAAUCAAUGACCGUUUUCAGCAGAGGAUAUUUGAUCCAAGAGUAGAUGUAGUGAGAGCAGAGUGGUCACCUUUUAGAAAAACCUCAUGGCUGAUGCCUUUGCUUGUUGACCUCUCACCCUGGAGGUUGAAGUUUUUGGAAAUUGAGGACACCUUGGACAACCAGACUGAGGUGGUCUUUAUAGCAGACUUCCCAGGCUUGCAUCUGGAGAAUUUUGUCAGUGAAGACUUGGGCAACACCAGUGUCCAAGUGUUGCAGGGAGAAGUGGUCGUGGAAAUACAGAACAGCAAAAACUACUCUCUGAAAGAAGGUGACAAAAUGCAGCUUCCAGCAGGAGACUACCACAAGGUCUAUACGGUGUCUGAAACACCCUCAUGUUACAUGUACAUCUACGUCAACACUACCGAUGUAGCUUUGGAGCACAAUUUCACCAAACUUCAUGAACUGAGAGAGAAGAUAAAGAAUGGUACUGAAACUGAACCCCUUCCUCCUGAACUGCAGCCACUUGUAACUGGGAGUAUUGAUGAUGUGAAUUUAACAGACCCAGUUGUCAGGGCCUUUCUUCAUAGGCAGAAGAAAAUUGAAGAGAUACAAAAAAAGAGAAAUGCCACACUGCUGGAACGAUUUGCUCGCUUCUCAGUAAAGAAGUAUUAUUUAUUCAGAAGGAGUUUUCUGAUGACUUCAAUUGCUUUGAGAAACCUUGUGAUGGGCAGACCGCCCCUGGAACAGCUAGCUGAUGAAGUGGCUUGGGCCAACAAAAAGCCUGAUGAUACAGCAGGUAGUGCUGUGGAAAAGGCAGAAAAUGAAACGCCACAUUCUGAACUCUGAGCAGCUUGAUGGGAUCAACAGACUUCAGCUUCUGUCACAAGCAAGAGACCAGUUGUUCCAAACAAAAUGUGAUGGAUCAUGUGCCAAAGAAAAUUCAUAGUACAGGUGGAGUUAUUUCUGUUCUUUAAAAAAAAUAAAUAUAUAUAUAUUUGUUCACAUGUGCACCAGAAAAUACUGGUUGAACAUGAAUGUAAAGAGACCAAUACAAGUGGCAGCAGUGAAAGAGCUUAGUGCAUCAUUGCUUUUUGGAGAAGUGCUGUAUGCCACUUGAAUAUUGUGAUGACUUUUGUAUGUAAGUGGUCAGCAGAAAACUGUUAAACUCAAGACUUCUAAACUAUGAGGCUGCAGCUGUGCUGUUACAGAAGUAAUGAAGCAUUUUGUUAAAUUACCGAAAUAAAGUUGCAUAAUAAUGA